AGAGCUUGAACUCCGCCAUUUUCAGGAUAAAGUUUGGGGAGCUCUCUCUCUCUCUCUCUCUCUCUCUCUCUAAACUGCCACUCUCAAGCAUCCAUUAUCACCAAAAUAAGAAAGGAAAAAGAAGAGAGAGAAGGAAAAGAGAUAUAUAGAAAAUGGGUCAUUCUAUUCUCAUUUCCACACUGGCGUGUUGCCGUAUUGGAACCAACUAUUUGAGAAGAAGCAGAGGGCGAUGGCGCAAGUACGGGAUUGAUGCCACGUAUCUCACCAAACAGAGGAAUGCUCCUCUUAGCCGUUGCUAUGCUUCACUAUCCGAAUCGGGUGAUGGAGAGAUCCCCAUAUCUGUGAAGAAGAGGGUUGUCUCAGGUGUUCAGCCAACCGGAGCAAUACACCUUGGAAACUAUCUUGGUGCCAUAAAAAACUGGGUUUGGCUUCAGGACACAUAUGAAACUCUCUUUUUCAUUGUGGACCUACAUGCGAUAACUCUGUCAUAUGAUGCUCAGCAGUUAUCCACAACAACUAGGAACACAGCAGCCAUUUAUAUUGCAUGUGGCAUAGACCCAUCCAAGGCUUCUAUCUUUGUGCAGUCUCAUGUUCAUGCCCAUGUCGAACUAAUGUGGUUGCUUAGUUCAAUUACACCUCUUGGUUGGCUUAAUAGAAUGAUUCAGUUCAAAGAGAAAUCACGCAAGGCGGGAGAUGAAAAUGUGGGUGCUGCUUUGCUGACUUACCCUGUGCUUAUGGCUUCUGAUAUUCUUUUGUAUCAGUGUGACUUGGUUCCUGUUGGAGAGGACCAGAAGCAACAUCUUGAGCUGACCAGGGAACUGGCUGAACGAGUAAAUUAUCUAUUUGGAGGAAAGAAAUGGAAGAAAAUGGGAGGACGAGGAGGGAGAAUUUUUAAGAUGCCAGAGGCCUUAAUUCCUCCAGCAGGAGCUCGUGUGAUGUCUCUCACUGAUGGCCUUUCUAAGAUGUCCAAAUCAGCUCCUUCGGAUCAAUCUCGAAUCAAUCUUUUAGAUACAAGAGAUAUGAUUGCAAACAAGAUAAAGCGUUGCAAAACGGAUUCAUUCUCUGGACUAGAAUUUGACAAUCCCGAGAGACCAGAAUGUAACAACCUCCUUUCAGUUUACCAGCUUGUUACCGGAAGAUCCAAAGAGGAAGUUGCCUUGGAAUGCCAGAACAUGACUUGGGGCACAUUCAAAACCAAGCUAACUGAUGCCUUAAUCGAUCAUUUACAGCCCAUCCAGGCUCGUUAUGAAGAUAUUAUCUCUGACUCAGCUUAUUUGGAUAACGUCCUUGCUGAAGGAGCGACAAAAGCUGCCAGCAUUGCAGAUGCUACCCUCCAUAAUGUUUAUCAGGCCAUGGGAUUUUUGCGACCAUGAGAGAGAGAGAGAGAGCAAAAGAAGAUGUCAGCAUAUAAGAUGCUUCUACUGAUCAUUGUUAGCAAGACUAUAAGAUUCUUGCAUCCAUGAUGCUGGAAAGAGAGAGAGAGAGAGGUGCCGGUUGGAACCGGUGCAGGGAAUUCCAUUUAAAAAAACGGAACCUUAAAAGUUCUCUUUUAGAUGAUUUUUGACUUUACAUCCACUGCUUUUGCUUAUUGUUGAGCUAUCGCUAUCAAGUUUAUUCCACCAUAAGGGUUGCCCCAAAAGUUGUUCUAGAUUUGGUGGCAUCUCCCCAUUGUCCCUUCACUCAUUGUUUUCAGCCGUUGUAUUCAGUCAGUUUCUCUGCUUUCAAUUGAUUCCCGACAUUUUUCAUGUCUUUCAUUUCCAACUUAUAAUAGAUACAUUACCCCUGGACGGUUUUAUUUUUCUA